UCAAUCAUUCACUUCCCCACCAACGGCCUGUUCAAUUUUCAUAAAAUCCGACCGCGCGCUUGUAAUUGAUCAAGAUCACGGAUUUUGCCCCUUUCUCUUUCUCAUAAAUCUGUUGUUUCUAAUAUGGACGUUCCAGCUACUAGGGUUCAACACAUAACAAAAACAUCAUCAGAUGAACUGUUGAAGAAAUUUGCUGAAGUGGGUUCAGAAUCGAAAGACAGAGUCUUGGCUAAGAAGGAGUUGAGGCUGUGGAAACAACAAUGUUGGAAAAGAACCCGAUCAGAUCAGUGUGACAGCCCUUCAAAUCGCCGAUCAAGUUUGGGAGACAAAAAAUCCCUUAUCCCUCCUGCUUCAGUCUGGCCUCGAAAGUCUUCUUCAUCCGCACUGAUCCGGUUUUCCAGAUCUCGUCUAAGGGCAAGGGAUUUCAAGAACAAGUCCAUCUUCAAGGCCAUUGAGAAGACAUGGUGCAAAACCAUUGACGGAGCUACAAAGAUCUUGAUGGAUAAACACUACAACAGGCACAAGCGUUUGAUUAAUGAUGCUACCUGAAAAGAUUGGUCAAGAAGAACCCUCUAUAUAUGCUAGUACAAGCAUUCCUUUAUCAAUUAAUCAAAUUGUUAGCCUUCUAUUAAUGGGGUUUGAUUUGAAAACAUCAAUGAACAGUUAUCUGAUGGAAGUUAAUUAAUUAUUACCCAUCUCAAUUUCAAUAGUUUCCUUUCCAAUAGUGUGCUGUUUUUCCCUUCACACCAUUUGAUUAUUUGUUGAAUUCAAGUUUUUUUUUUUGCUUAAGUUG